AUGGCACCAAAUAUACAAAGUGUUUUGAAUUUGCUUGUAUUGCUUGUGAUUAUCAGUAAAGUAUCAGCAAAUACACCGAAUGGUUCAAAUCUGGCACUUGGUAAAACAGCAAUUCAAAGCAGUAAUUAUUUAGAGUAUACAGCUGGAAAGGCCGUCGAUGGAAACACUUCUGGGUACUUUCAGGAAGAUUCUUGUUCCCAUACAUACCAAUAUUCAAGGAAUGUAUCUGAAUGGUGGGAGGUAGAUUUAGGUUCCGUGUAUGAUAUUACUGAUAUUAUAAUAUACAACAGAAUUGACUGCUGUGAAUUGACUUUUGUGGUAAGUGAUUUUAUAAAUAUAAUAAUAGGAACAGCAGAAUUGACUAUUUGGAAUUCCUCUUCUGUGAAGUCAGGACCUUGUCAUAUUAUGGUUAAUGUAUUGAAAUAUGGCCAUAUACUGAAUAUAUAUAUUUAUACAAUAACCAAGUGCAAUCCAAGUUAA